AUGGAAAAAAAUAUAUCUAAUAAAUGUAAAGCUUAUAAAUCUCUUCCGAAUGUUCGAUUUUUAUCAAAAUCAAAUGAAAUUGUACAAUUACAUACAAGUAAAAGUUUACCAUCUUGUUUAAAAUUUUUAUAUAAAAAAUAUCCAUAUAAUAAAAAAUUUUUAAUAUCAAAACAAAUCAAUAUUAAAAAAAAUCAACUAAAUUUAAUUGAAAAAAAAAAUUUAAAUCCAACUAUUGGUGAAUUACUUGGUGACGAUGAUUUAUUUCAUUAUCAUUAUCAUAAACAAUAUAAUUCAUCAAGAUUUAAACGUAAACGACAUCAUUAUCGAAAACAUCAACAUAAAAUAAAAGAAUUUCAAUAUCAAUCAUUUCAAUCUAAUGAAUCAACAUCAAAAAUAAAAAAUCAAAUUUAUUUUUAUCCAACAACAACAACAUAUAAUUAUACACCAUUACCUACUUAUUGUUAUUAUUGUUAUUCAAAUAUAUCUUCAUAUUUCAUAUCUGAUUAUUACAAAAGUUUAUAUGAAUAA